GCCCAAAGUCCAAACAGGUUCAAGUGGAUUGUUCAAAUAGCAAGGCGGCUUUUUUUUUUAUGGGGAAGGGGAGGCGGGGGGGCGUCUGUCAUUGGCCUCUAAAGACCACCCUGGAAUAAGCCACCACUCUUCUCAAGGAGACAGCGUAAGGGCUGGAGAGAGCGGGAGAGAGAACCAUGUCCUCGUUGGCCGCGUUCCUGACGGAGCUCCCCGGGUGGUUCUUGUGGGGAGGGAUCUUUCUGCCGGGCGCCCUGCUCCUGCUGCUGCUCAUAGCUCAUCUGGAGUGGAAACUACAGGAAACGGAGGCAGAGCUGUCGGCGGCACCGAAUCCCAGGGACACGGCGUACCGCUUCUGCUACGGCACACGGAUGCGGCCGCGACGCGGGGCCGGCCAGCGCAUGCACACCUGACCGACCGCCGGAGGCAGGAGGACAGCGUCCGAAAGCGCUCUGGACUGUGAGGACGGAUCGGAUCUUUGGGUGCAGUGAUGGUGAACAUUCACCACAAUGGCUCCGGUGCUCAGGCGACUUCCUGGGAGAUCACGUUCAAAGCACCAAAAUGGGUCAAUUGUUGGCCUGGUCUAGAAUCUCAAGUGAAGACUGUUAUGUGACAAGGCCCUGGGACUGGGAACACAAGGGUUCCAUUAAACAUGGAUAGAGGAGGAUGCAAAUGGGUCUCGUGUACAGUAACGUCCAAAAGCCAGUGGAUGUUAAAGCAGCCCAGCAUGGUUCUUACCUUUACUCUACGCUUAAGGAAAGGGUUCUUGGGGUGA